AUGGCUCCAUUUGAAGCUCAGUAUGGGAAGAAGUUUCAUACUCCAUUGUACUGGAACGAAGUAGGUGAGCAGCGUAUCCUUGGGCCGGAAUUGAUCCAAGCAACUUGUGAGAAGGUGGACUUGAUCCGUGAGCGAAUCAAGGCUGCCCAGUCUAGCCAGAAGGGCUAUGCAGACCAAAGGCAGAAGGAUCUAGAAUUCCUUAUUGGUGACAAGGUAUUUCUCAAGGUAUCGCCUACCAAGGGAGUGAUGCAGUUCAGUAAGAAGGGCAAGCUAAGCCCGAGAUAUAUUGGGCCCUACAAAAUUCUUACGAAGAUUGGACCGGUGGUUUAUAGGUUAGCGCUCCCACCAUCCUUGGAUGGCAUGCACGAUAUCUUCCACGUGUCUAUGUUGUGGAAGUACAUGCAUGAUCCCAGUCAUGUUCUAUCCCAGGAACCACCAAAGCUGGCAGCGGAUAUGUCUUAUAAGGAACAACCUGAGAAGAUCUUAGACAACAAAGUGGUGAAUCUCCGCAACAGACCUAUUCACUAUGUGAAAGUGAAGUGGUGUAACCACCUAGAAGAAGAAGCGUCCUGGGAAGCUGAGGUGGAAAUGCGAGCAAAGUACCCUUCUCUUGGAUUCUUACAAGAUUCUGCUGCCAUGUACGCUGAUGGUGGUUACUUGGCGGGCUUAGAAGCUCAGCUAGCGGAGUAUGAUAGCAUUGGCGCAGAGGAGCCUGAGUUUGUGUCAGAUGAACAUGGCGACGGUUGCCGCUGUGAUGAUUGUGCUUACGGGCACUGA